AUGCGUCGACGCCCUAAGGAAACUAAAAGCAUUCUUGUCUUCGUCACCCUUACUCGCCAAAGCAGACUCAGGCGAGUGCCUCCUAGUCUACCUAGCGUAUCUGAAGUUGCGGUCCUCUACACUGAUGGUGCAUCCAACGCAUUGGGAUCGGGACUGGGACUCGUACUCAAAGUCCCAACGGGCAAAUUAAUUCGUCAAUCUGUACGAUACCCUGAAAUAACUAAUAAUGAGGCCGAGUAUGAGGCCGUAAUUGCAGGAUUGAAAUUGGCCCUCAAGCAUGGUGCUCGGUGGGUCAUCCUCUGCUGCGACUCUCAACUCAUUGUGAACCAAGUUACUGGGAAUUUCCAAAUUAAGGAGCAAAGGUUGCAGAAAUACCAAAUCGAAAUCCACAAACUACUGCCAUAA